CUGACCAGUUGCGGUCACACUGAUUCGGUUUGACUCUUGGCGGCGUAGUUUUGUUUAUUUUAUUUAUUGCGUGUUCUGUAAAGUUUUGUAAGCCUUUUUUUUAGUAGUGUGUUUACAUCCAUGAAUUUCAACGAUGGCGACUUCAAGGAUCUGCGCUCCAAGCUGGACAUUAUGGGCUUCACGCAGACGCUGCCUGUGCUGGCCAUUCCGCUCGUCCAGGCGAUCUUUGGGGAUUUGAUCAAGACGACGGAAUGUCUGCGGGACACCAAAAAGCAGGUUGCGUCGUUGCUGGAGGACAAGACCUGUUGGGAGCUGGGCGUUGAGCCCUACAAAUGCGACAAUGCCCGCCUGCUGGCCGAGUGCAACGAACUCCAUUUGCAGUUUCUGCGGGACCGGGAGGACUACGAGCUGCGCCUGUGCGAAUCCCAGCGCAAGAUACGGAACCUGGAGACGGACAGGGAGCACUUGCAGAGCCACAAUGUGGGGCUUCAACAUCAACUGGAUGCCUUGCUCUCCAAGCAAAUGGUUUCAUCAACCGCAGCCAAGAGAACGCAGAUAGGAGUUAAUCGUCAAGCCAAAAAACCAUUUAUAACCACCGUUCGUUCUGGCAAUGUUUUGCCCUCUGUUCUGGGCAGCAGCUCCUCCGCUGCUUUGAAAUGCACCAAAUGCAAUGCUGGUGUCUUCCAAAAGACCACCACCACUGGCAAGGAUGGUGGAGUGACAGUCACCCAGACCAGCGGCCAAGAGGAGCUGGACAAGAUCCAAAACGAUCUCAUUUCCGCCGGCGAGCAACUGGAGUUUUACAAGCGCAAAGUGGAGGCCAGGAAUCGGGAAAUACGUCGCCUGAAUGAUAUGUUAACCGGUGGACGACCUCCAGCAGCUUUGGCCAAGGAUUGCUGUUACAAGGAUGUGGGUGCUCUUUCCCAAGAUAUCGACCUGCUGCAGCGGGAGAAGAGCGAACUGAUGCUGCAGGUGCGCGAUUUCCAGGACAAAAUGCACGAUGCCAUGCAAAAGGCAUUGGGAUCCGAGGAGGAAAAGCGCAAGCUGCAAACCCAACUGGAAGAACUCAAGGAGGCUGCCCUGCAGGUGGAGGAGCAGGCCAAUACAGAGAUAGAAGCCAGAGAGCAGGAAAUCAGGCAGUUGCAACAGGAUUUGAAGCACCUGCAAAGGGGCAAGCAUAACCGACUGGCUGGAGGUACCGCCUCCAACCAAGCAAGUGACAAGCAUAAUCUCAACGAGCGUCUGAAUCUGCUGACACGCCGCGAGGAGGAACUGGAGGCCACCAAUGAGAAGCACAAGAAAAAGAUCAACAAAAUGCAGGCCAAGAUUCAGGAGCUGGAAAAGGAGCUAAAGGAAUAUAACCAACAUAACCCAGUCAUGCUGGAUGAGGAGAAGAUUCGCCUUGCAUCGGAGCGUGAUUUCUUCCAGAAGGAAUACCUGCGCCUGAUGAGCAAAUCCGGUUCCGAGACGGAGAUAGCCUUCUUGCAUGCCCAAAUCAAGUCCAAGGAUGAAGAGCUCAAAGCUCUUCGAUUUGAGCUCUUCCCCAACAGUUGCAAAUUGCAGUUUUCGCCUCAAAAGAGUGUCCAGUACGAGACUCUGCCCCGAGUUACAGUUUCCUCCUCUUCCGAAUCCACUCGUCCCUCCACAGCCAAUACCAAUCAAAGUGAAUGCGUUCAGGCUGCCAUUUGUAGGGCAGAGCGAGAGCGGGAUUGUGCUAGAACCGAGCUGGAACGUGUGCGCUGCGAACGGGAUGGCCUGAGGGAGAAGCAACUGUCCACUGUUCAGCUCCAUGCCGAAGAGCUCAAUGCUCUGCGCAUGCGCAACGAAGAGCUAAACGAUCGAUUGAGGCAACUGGAGCGGGAUAAAAGGGAUCUGAACUCGGCACGCAUUCCCGCUGAAACCAAUCUGGCGCUGCUCAAGGAGGAUCUGGUUCAGAUGCGUCAACGGGUGACCUCCCUGCAAGCAGAGAUUGAGCAGCUAAAGGAGGAGAACAGUCAAGUCAGCUUGCUUAAUGAGCAAAAUGAUCGCAUUAUAACCGAGUUGCAGAGCAAGCUUUUGGUGGCCGAACGUCAGCGUCAGUCGGCGGAUGUGCGAGCCAGCACCUUGGAUUCCAGUCGGGAGUCCAAUCGCAAUGAGGUCACCCAGCUCCGGACUGAUAUUGGAGUUUUGCGGCAGACCUUUAUAUCACUAGAACAUGAAAAGGAUACACUUUUGCAUCAAUUGGACAGCAAAACAGAAAGGACUUAUAAGCUGGAAUACGAGCUAAAGGAUUGCCAGGAGAAACGCAAUUCCCUCGAGCAAAAUGUUAGGGAGCUAGAGGAACAAGUGCGCAAGCUGACCAGCAGGAACCGGCAGCGAGACUCAGAACUGACGGAGACCUCCACGGAAAGUAAAACGCUGCGCCAGCAGAUUGUGGCACUCAAAGCCAGCCGCGAUGAGGCAAUCGCGGAGAAUGGCCGGCUGAUGGACAAGCUGAGCGACGCCCAGGUGGAGGCCAGGACGUUGCACAAGAAGCUGAAGGAUUCAGAGCAGCAGGUGGCCAACAUGAAGCAGCAGCUACACAAAUACGUCCAGGAGGUGAAAAAGGCCGAGGAUCUGCUUACCCAGAAGGUGCCUUCUAAAUUAAAGGAAAAGGAGCGCGACGAGCUGCUGGAUCACUACCACUGCCUCAGUCAGGACCAAGUGGCCCUCGAGGGCAACAAUCAGAGUCUGGAGUGCGAGGCAGCCGAGUUCCGGCGACAGAUCUGCGACCUGGAGUGCGAGGUGCGCAGCCUGAAGGAUCAACUGCAGUGCCGACAGUGUGCUCUUGACGAGAUUGAGGUGCAGCUGGCCGCCGAACGACAAACGACGCGUUGCCUGCAGCGAGAGCUAGAAAAUGCUCGCGAUGAUCUGCGUGUUCAAAAGGUUAAUCUCGAGGCGCGCCAAGAGCUGUGCGACAAACUCGAUGUGGAGAAGGACAAGCUCAAUGCCGAGCUCAGCGAAGUCAACGAAAUGCGUAAAAAGCUGGAAAGGCAGUGCGAAAAGCUGCGCGAUGAACUGCAGCAGUCGAAGGCUGUCAAAAAGGUCACCACCGAAACCACUGACCAAAUGAUGGAUCGCUUGCACAGUGACCAACAGCGUCAGGCUGAUGCUGGAAUAAGAUCGAAAAAUGAAAUGGAUCGUCUGCAGCGUCUUUACCAAGAGACUUUGCGUGAAUUGCAAGAAGAACGCGAACGCUGUAGACAACAAGAGGACCUGGCCAAUCAGUAUGAAGAACAGGCCCGCGAUUUGCGACGAAAUCUCACCGAGGAUCGCUUUACGCGGGCAAGGACGCGUGCUGUGAGUCCCAGGAUUCCCUCAAAGACACUUUAAACUUAUUAGAUGUACUUAUGUUUUUAUAUUUUAACUCAAAUUUAACGUUUGGCUGGACAGACUGUCGAAAUAUUGUACAAAACAAAUAUAUAAAUAUUUUUAAAAACUCAAA